UGAGGACAAAAACUUUAUGUAUGUAUAUUCUUAUUCAAAAGGAGAGUCUCUCUAUGUAAAUACUUCUCCAUCUCUAACUUGUUUAUGCAGAAAACAUGGAGAUCUCCUAUGAUGAGAAACAGAAUAAGAAAAUUGCCAGUCAAAGCAGAAAGGGCGGCGCCAGGACGAUGCCCUUUAUAAUAGCAAAUGAAACGUUUGAGAAGGUAGCAAGUGUGGGGCUUCAAGCCAAUAUGAUAUUGUACUUGAAAACCAAAUAUCACAUGUCAAGUGCAGCCGGAGCCACUGUAAUAUUCCUGUGGUCAGCCAUAUCAAAUUUUAUGCCCAGCAUUGGAGCUUUCGUUUCUGAUUCUUACUUGGGUCGAUUUCGGAUCAUUGCAUUGGGAACUCUCAUCAGCCUUCUUGGAUUGAUUGUCCUGUGGAUAACAGCCAUUGUUCCGGAGGCCACACCGCCUUUUUGCGACUCAACAGUAGAACAGUGUAUAUCUGCAACGCCGGCCCAGCUGAUGCUUCUUUAUUCUUCAUUUGUUCUGAUGGCCAUCGGAGCUGGUGGCAUUAGGCCAUGCUCCUUGGCCUUUGGUGCUGACCAAUUACACAAUCCUAAUAACCCCAACAAUGAGAGGCUAUUGCAGAGCUUUUUCAAUUGGUAUUAUGCUUCAGUUGGGAUCUCAAUCAUAAUUUCAGUGACAAUCAUAGUUUAUAUUCAAGAUAAAGCUGGCUGGAUUGUGGGUUUUGGAGUUCCUGUUGGACUCAUGUUCUUGUCCACUGUUCUCUUCUUAUUGGGUUCUCCAUUAUAUGUCAAAAUUAAGGCGAACAAGAGCUUGUUCACCGGCUUUGUGCAAGUUAUAUCCGCAGCAUGGAAGAACAGACACCUAGCGUUACCACCAAGGGAUUCUGAUGGAUGGUACCACUACCAGAAAGGUUCAGCGUUUACUGUGCCUACAGAAAAAUUAAGGUUUCUAAACAAGGCUUGCAUAAUCAGAAACCCAGUGAAAGAUAUGGAGUACUCAAAUCAAAUUUCAUGGAAUGUUUGCACAGUGAAGCAAGUAGAGGAGCUGAAAGCAGUGAUUAAAGUUUUGCCCAUCUGGUCGACCGGCAUUAUAAUCGGAGUGACCAUCAGCCAGCAGUCGUUCCCAGUGCUCCAAGCUCUCACCAUGGACAAGCACGUGUUCACUGAAAACAUAGAAUUCCCAGCAGGCUCAUUCGGCGUUUUCGGAAUCCUCACUUUAACAUUAUGGGUCGCCAUCUACGACCGAAUCUUAGUCCCUCUUCUAGCAAAGUUUACAAACCGAACAAAAGGACUUAGCAACAAAGAACGCAUUGGCAUCGGCCUAGCAAUCUCCUGUUUAGCCAUGGCAACCUCAGCCCUGGUGGAGAAGAAGCGGCGAGACACAGCAGUCAGAGAGGGCUUGGCGCAUAAAUUUGGCACAGUGAGCAUGUCUGCAUUCUGGCUAGUGCCACAGCACUGCCUGGUAGGCUUAGGAGAAGCUUUAAACGCAAUUGGGCAAAUAGAAUUCUACUAUUCUCAGUUUCCCAAGAGCAUGUCGAGCAUCGGAGUGGCUCUUUUGGCCCUCGGAAUGGCAGUGGGAAAUUUGGUUGGCACACUGAUUAUAUCAGUCUUGGAUAAUGUGACAAAAAGAGGGGGAAAUUUGAGCUGGGUUGCCACUAAUCUCAACAUGGCUCACUACGAUUAUUACUACUGGAUUCUGUGUUUUUUGAGUGUGAUUAAUUUGAUCUACUAUUUAGUGUGUAGUUGGGCAUAUGGGUCUUGUGAUGAUAUUCAGGAUUGGGAUGAAGAUCAAGGGAUGAAAGGAGAAGAAUUAUCCAGGCUUGAUCUUAAGAGUUCUCCUCUUGUUUUCUAUUCUGCUUCCAGUGUUUGAUUAUUUUAAUCUUCAACUACUUGUUCUUGCUACAAUAAUCUACUUAAUAUCAGUGGAUAUUAAGUUUCCAAUAAAAUCUUCUGCCUUUGUUUCUACAGCAUAA